AUGCCGAAAGGGAGACGGAGCAUCCCCGUCCUGCCGAGCGCUUCACACAUGCUGACAAAGCUGCGCCAGAAGCUGGGAUAUGGAUGCUCUCAGAGGAAAGGGAUAAGCCUGGACCAAGAGAGGAAACAGACUCGAGACAAGAGAAAGGAUUCCAUGAUCUCUGCAGGUGAUGCUGAGUUCCCACGGGAUUACCACACCCUGGCUGCCAGUGGCGGCCGUGGGGCACGCCGCUUCCCAGACAACAGCAAUGGGGGGUUCACAUCGUCCUCGCUGGACCGCCGGCACAAUUCUGUGGCCGCUAAAAGCUUGGAGGCCCUGAACAGCAUACACAAGGCGGAUAUCGAACGGCAGAGGGACGCCCUGAUGGACCUUCAGAAGAACAAGUACACAAACAGUCCGGGCAGCUUGUCUCAGGGCCCUGCAGCUGCUGGCCGACAG